AUGAGGCUGCUUCCACUCACACUAAGUCUCAUAUUAUCUGAUGCGACAUCUGCUGCAUCGAAGCCCCGCGCGAAGUCUAUCACUAGCCGAGAAGAAUCGUACCCAAAGUAUGCGGUCAAGACGCCACCUCUCGACACGCCAUGGACAUAUGACCUUGGCACCGAUCCCUGGCCAGAAUAUCCUCGUCCACUGAUGCGACGAUCCGACUGGAAGAGCCUGAACGGCAUCUGGAGAUACCAAAAUGCAUCUGCAUCUGAUCAAGAGCCGCCUAUCGGGGCGAUUUUAGACCAUGAAGUCCUUGUUCCAUCCUGCUUGGAAAGUGCCAUCUCCGGGUUACAAGGCACUUAUACCAUCUACUCAUGGUUCUCCCAUGACUUCCUCGUCCCAUCGAGCUGGCAGUCCCGCAAGGUGCUUCUCAACUUUGGAGCGGUUGAUUAUGAAGCGACAGUCUACAUCAACGGCAACUAUGUGACUUUCAAGCGCGGCGGCUACGCCAGCUUCUCGACAGAUAUCACAGACCACGUCCACUUCAAUAGUUCCAACGCGUUGCUAGUGUUCGUCCAUGAUCCAACCGACAGCGACGACAUCGUGAUCCCGAUCGGAAAGCAGACCCUGCGCCCUAGCCAUAUCUUCUACACCCCCUGCAGCGGAAUUUGGCAGAGUGUAUGGAUCGAAGCUGUACCCACCUCAAACUACAUCUCCCAACUCGAUCUCGAUGGAGAUAUGCAUGGGAAAGUCUCGCUUCUUGCGCAUUCCGCGACCCGUGGCCGGGACAAGGUCAACAUUACCAUUCGCGAAGGAGGUCAGACAGAUACGGCUGCGGCCACAGCUUCAUUCGACGCCGAUUUCCCUACUGAAAUCACCAUGCCCUUCACCCCAAAACUCUGGUCUCCAGACUCACCUGUAUUGUACGAUGUUACCAUACAGCUUGGCAGCGACACCAUUGAGAGCUAUGUCGGAUUCCGCUCCAUCGCUUCCCAAGAGGUCAAUGGAGUUGUUCGACCCAUGCUUAACGGCGAGUUCAUCUUCACAGUCGGCACACUCGACCAGGGCUACUGGCCUGACGGUAUCUACGUCCCACCCAACCACUCCGCAAUGGUAUACGACCUCCACAUUCUCAAAAUCAUCGGCUUCAACCUCGUCCGCAAGCACAUCAAAAUCGAAUCCGACCUCUUCUACGCCGCUUGCGACAGACUCGGCCUGCUCAUCAUCCAAGACAUGCCCUCCCCACGCCCCCUGCAGACCAAACACUACCCCAACUGCACCUCCCACCCCUACCUCCCCAACGCCACCGAACAAGCCGACUUCGUCCGCCAACUCCAGACCAUGAUCCACCAGCUCAAAUCCCACCCCAGCAUCUUCGCCUGGACGAUCUACAAUGAAGGCUGGGGCCAGCCCCUCUCCCCCACCCCCAACGGCACCUACGCGGAACACGGCCUCACAACGCUGGUCCGCACCCUGGACCCCACGCGCCUCAUCACCGCCACCUCAGGCUGGACGGACCACGGCGCCGGCGACUUCUCGGACACGCACACCUACGCCUCCCCCAAAUGCGGCACCCCCUUCUACAAAACUCCUUCACCUCCCUACGACCCCACCCGCAUCGCCCUGCAAGGCGAAUUCGGCGGCAUCGGCCACAACGUCAGCGCCUCGCACCUGUGGCCCCUCCCCGCCGCGGUCGCCACCAUCAACCAAACGUACGAGCUCGCCGACGACCUGGACACGUACAACUACCGCGCGCACCAGCUGUGGCGGGAGCUGCGCGAGCAGGUCGACCUCUUCGCCUGCUCCGGCGCCGUCUGGACGCAGACCACCGACGUCGAGGGCGAGCUGAACGGCCUGUUGACCUAUGACCGGCGCGUGCUGCGCGUCGAUCUGGAGCUGUGGCGUAGGGAUAUUCAGGAGCUGUAUGAUGCCGCCGAGAGGAGGGGCGCGAGGCCGUAUCAGGUUCCGCAGCCCGUGAGGUUUGAUAUGCGCCCUUGA